UUGCUAAACAUGUCGUUAAACAAACCAGUCAUAUCCCUCCACAGGGACAUCUGCUCCAUCGAGUCAAUAUCCGGCAAUGAAGCAGAAGUCGGCCACUUCCUCGUCAAAUACCUCGACAGCAAGGGCUUCGAGGUAGAAAGGCAGUAUCUGUCGUCGCACCCAGACCCAGAGCGAUUCAAUGUCCUUGCCUACCUCAAGGACAGCCGCGACACCAGGGUCUGUCUGACGACCCAUAUUGACGUCGUCCCCCCAUACUGGCCGUACACACUCAAAAACAACAACACCGAAAUCCACGGCCGGGGCACAGUCGACGCAAAGGCCUGCGUCGCGGCAAUGAUCGUCGCAGCUGAGGAGCUCCAGACCGAGAACCUCGUCUCACCAGGCGACAUCUCACUCCUCUUCGUCGUCGGCGAAGAAGUCGACGGCUGCGGUAUCCUCAAGUCAAACGAGCUCGGCUUGAAAUGGGAGAGUGUAAUUUUCGGGGAGCCGACUGAGGGGAAACUGCCCAAGGGACAUAAGGGGGUUCUGUCUGUCAAUAUCAAAGCGUCAGGGAAGGCCGCGCACUCUGGAUACCCAGAGCUCGGGGAUUCAGCGACAGAAAAACUCCUCGCUGGACUUGAGGCGAUUAGACAUAAACUGGAGCUGCCGCGGUCAGAGCUGUUAGGGGAGACGACGAUGAAUAUUGGGCGGAUUGACGCCGGGGUUGCGUCGAAUGUUAUCCCUUUCCAUGCAGAAGCGCAGGUGCUGUUCCGGGUUGCGGAUGGAACUGUUGAGGAGUUGCAGAAGAAGAUAUAUGAUACUCUGCAUAGUACGGGGUACGAGUUUGAACUGGCGUAUAAGGACAACAAGGCUGGGCCGGUGACGUUAAAUUGCGAUGUUCCUGGGUUCGAGACGACGGUUGUGAGUUAUGGCACGGAUGUUCCAGGCCUGAAGGGAAAUCAUAAACGGUAUCUCUGGGGUCCUGGGACAAUCCAUGUGGCGCACACUGAGGCGGAGUCUCUGAAGGUGUCGGAGUUGAUUGAUGCAGUGGAUGCAUAUCGCAGACUGACCUUGCAUGCCCUGGGGAAAUGAAUAUAUAGCUUCAUGACCCGAUAAUACGGAUAGAGGUAGAUAAAUUAUUGCUGUGUUUAUCGCUAGAAUAACGAAACGUUGUCCAUUGGCCA